AUUUUGUGUGUAAGCAGGAUGGAGGCUGACCUGUCUGGCUUUAACAUCGAUGCCCCCCGUUGGGACCAAUACACUUUCCUGGGACGGGUGAAACACUUCUUCAACAUCACAGACCCCCGCACUGUCUUUGUACCAGAGAGGCAGCUAGACUGGGCCAAGGUGAUGGUGGAGAAGAGCAGGAUGGGGGUUGUGCCACCAGGCACCCAACUGGAGCAGCUGCUAUAUGCCAAGAAGCUAUAUGACUCUGCCUUCCACCCUGACACUGGGGAGAAGAUGAACGUCAUUGGUCGGAUGUCCUUCCAGGUCCCUGGUGGCAUGAUCAUCACAGGCUUCAUGCUCCAGUUCUACAGGACGAUGCCGGCGGUGAUCUUCUGGCAGUGGGUGAACCAGUCCUUCAAUGCUUUAGUCAACUACACCAACAGGAAUGCAGCUUCCCCCACAUCAGUCAGGCAGAUGGCCCUUUCCUACUUCACAGCGACAACCACUGCGGUGGCCACUGCUGUAGGCAUGAACACAUUGACAAAGAGAGCUCCACCCUUGGUGGGCCGCUGGGUGCCCUUUGCCGCCGUGGCUGCAGCUAACUGUGUCAAUAUCCCAAUGAUGCGACAGCAGGAACUCAUCCAGGGCAUCUGCGUCAAGGACAGGAAUCACAAUGAUAUCGGUCAUUCCCGGAGAGCUGCAGCCAUAGGCAUCACCCAAGUGGUUAUUUCUCGGAUCACCAUGGCAGCUCCUGGCAUGAUCUUGUUGCCAGUCAUCAUGGAAAGGCUGGAGAAACUGCAUUUCAUGAAGAAAAUCAAGGUCCUGCAUGCCCCAUUGCAGGUCAUGCUGUCUGGGUGCUUCCUCAUCUUCAUGGUGCCAGUGGCAUGUGGGCUCUUCCCACAGGAAUGUGAAUUGCCCGUGUCCUAUGUGGAACCAGAGCUCCAAGACACCAUCAAGGCCAAGUAUGGAGAACUUGUGCCUUAUGUCUACUUCAAUAAGGGUCUCUAAAUCUCCCACUCCAGUAAGGACCAGUAUAUACCCAUGUUUACCAGGUCCUCCUUAGCUGCUGUGCGCACCUGUGCCCUCAUUCCUCUGCCAACAACUCUCAAAGGCCAGGAUGGAUUGAGGGUGGGGGUGGGAGGAUGCCUCAUGCUUCCACCAGGAAUCUGGUUUUUUGGAGUCUAGGGGAUGAAAGUGAAAAAGGAGAGCAAAGACCAAAGUCUGUCUGCUUCUUCCUUCACCCCUGUCCUUUGGAGAUCAGAAGCUGAGGCCCUCUCAGGCAGAAGUUGCUGGUGCCUGGGGGAGACAUGCAAACAAAUCAUUUGGAAAACUUAUGAAAAUUUUAGGAUUCUGGUUCUAGCCAGGAUUGGAGAAGAGCCCCUGGGACGAAGAGAAGCUCCUACUCCUCUUUCCUCUUCCCUUCUUCCUCCUCUCUCAAGUAAUGGAACCAUUUACCCAUGCAGUUCUAGCCUAACUCAGGAGGAGAAGGGGGAAGAAGUCUGCGUCGCCUUGGAGACUCAUCUCCCCCCUUCCCCAUUCUCCUCUCCAUUGCCCCCUGGUUGGCAAGCUUUUUUGGGAGUGUAGCUAAAUUUGAGUUUCUCAGGCACCCAAGAGUUAUUAGUGCUAAAAAGGAUACUAUGUGAAGCAGCAGAGUUCCAUGAUGCUUCAAGCUCCAUCUGUUGACAUAGACUUUACUGUGCCCUAAAAUCAUGUCUGAAUCUGUUCUUGGGAUCUCCUCUGUAAUUGUGGAAGUUCUCUUCCCCCCACUGCCUCACAUCUCUGUUUUAAAAGAUAAAUCCACUAACUGUGAGUGAAAAGGAUAUAUGUAAGCACUAACCACGUUUUUUUUAAACUAUACUUUUUUUUUUUUAGUCAUUACACAAUAUAAACAUUUUUUGUGGCCAUUUACCAAUUUCUCCCUCUCCUUCCCUCCCUCUUUCCCACCUCUGGUGGUAAUCACACAUUUUAAUGGGCAUAACUUCCUGGCUGCCUCCCUUCCUCAGUCCAUGAGGUUAAAUACCAAAAAAGACUGGUGUGUACUGAAUAGGAAAGGGAAACUAUUUGGACAUCUCUAAGAGAAGCCAAUCAAGACCAAAGAACCUUAAAGGACACAACAAAGCAAAGCCACUUUCUUUCCCAAGCUUUGCUGCCCUAGGUGAUUUCUCAAGCUUCUCAGGGAACUGUGUGGCUUACCUGGGGUCAACGUGUGUAUGAGUUUUGUCUGGUAGGAUUUUCUGACUCUGUUCAAAGGAUAUCACUGUGAAUUGAAUAAAUUUCUUGAAAGAGCCUGAAAGGAAA